ACUUGACGGUGAUGCGCGCAGAGGAAGAGACGCACGCAUCGCUGCAGUUCAGAGAAACCUCAUCGUGUUUCUGCGGCACACCAAAGAAGAUUCGCCGCUGCUCUCCUGCAUGGAUUACUGACCUGACUCCACCAAACUCGACUCAGAUAAGUAGGAAAUAAAUCAACCUGCUCGUUUCCACCGAUUUCAGAUCAGCGCCUUAAAGCAGCAAUCACAAAGUACAGUUUACAGAUUUGGCACCGCGCACUGAGACUUUCGGGCGGAGAGUUUUUUCGGUCCUUAGAAGAUCUUUAUUUCAAGAGCAGUGUUUAUGAAUGUGUGACGAGGAAGUAAACUCUGCAUUAAUCUCGGAUGAAAAAACCCAGAGAGAGACACUUUAGGUACUGAUCUGAAUUUUAAACUCUUUGAGAUGUAGUUUUUUUUGGAGCAGAGGGGAGGAUUUGGACCCCAAGAAUGAACUUAGUAAGCCACCUGUGCUUACUUUCUGUGCUGUAAAGACACAGCGAACCAUGGGUUGAAAGCGACGAUGAUAGACUGCGGGGAUACUCAACGUGGGAGGGAGCAGAAUUUUCUAUGUUAUGUAAUGAUUGACAGCAACUGAUAAUUAGUGGUCGAUCUUUAACAGCAUCACCCCCAUCAUCCCUUUCCCCCCUUCCCCUUGAAGUAGAUGAGGCAAGGUAGUGCUUUUUUUUAGAUGUUUAAUAUAGAUAUAUCACGGAUCAGUGGAUAUAGAUUAUAUUUUUCUUAUUGCUCUAUGUCAUUCUUUGAUCAGAGCACAUAUAAAACAAGAAUUGGCCUCCAUCACUUAAAUCCAGUUGGCCAGACUCAGUUUAAAUACAUUUACUUUGACGAUCAAUAUCAAUCAUGAUGCCACAAACUCUUGACCUGCUCCAUGCUGAUCUGGCAUGGUCUUUCAAAAUGACUUUAACUUCAGGGAUUCAGACGCUCAACAGUGUUUCCAGCUUUUGUUAUUCCUCUGUACUGUUUUCUCUGCAUUGCAACACUUUCAACGGCCGUUAAGAUGCGAUAAUGCUCGUUUUAACCCUCAGAUUUGGGGAUAUGUAGUCGUUCUGACCCACAAGAACUAUUCAUCUCAGUGACUUUCUAAUUCUAAACAUCCACUGCCAGAAGUAAACCUUCACUAGUCGUUGACCCUUCCCUCCCCCCCACUCAUUAGGGCUGGUGGGGGGGGUGGAUCUCGGCCCCACGGGGGUCAAAACCGUGGUGGUCAUAACCCUAAAGGCAGGGUUUCCACCAUGGAGACCAGCCCAGAGAGCCCAAACCGGGCAGUGGAGUACCUCCUGGAGCUCAACAACAUCAUCGAGAGCCAGGCCAAGCUCCUGGAGACUCAGCGCCGCCGCAUUGAGGAGCUGGAAGGCCAGCUGGACCGGGUCAGUCAGGAGAACCAGGACCUGAGGCAGGAACGCAGCCCACAUGGGACUGGUUCUGACACCCCUGAGCAGAACCACAACCACAACCAGCCUCUGUCCCUACCCAUCCAUCAUGGCAGUGGAAGCGGCGGGACCAGUGCGACCUCUGCGACCCAGGCUACACCUGGAUCUGCCACGACUCCAGCGCCUAGCAGGGAGAGGAGGAGUCACACCAGGCUGACCAGAGGUCUCUCCUGCGGCUCCAACACCACCGAGCGAGACCGGCUAGAACGUACCGACAGCACGGACACCACCACCAGCUCCACCAUACGCAGAAAUGUGGAAGGGGACUCCCAGUGUCCAGAUCCAGGCACCCUCAAAGACAGCUCAUUCAGCCAGGCGCCUUACCUGCGUGGGCCCGAGCGUUACGCUGACAGCAGCAGCAGCACCAACAUACCCUCCGCAUCUAGGGAGCCUUCACAUGUGUCUGUCUCCAGUUCAGCCAGCUUGGCCUGGGCACUGCGAACACGACACCAACCUGCGAGUCUGGCCCUCCGCAAGCAAGAGGAAGAAGAGAACAAGAGAUGCAAGGCCCUAUCGGACAGCUAUGAGCUCUCAACAGAUCUCCAGGAUAAGAAGGUGGAGAUGCUGGAGAGAAAGUAUGGUGGCUCCUUUGUAAGCCGCAGAGCAGCUCGCAUCAUUCAGACGGCCUUCAGACAGUAUCGCAUGAACAAGAACUUUGAGCGCCUCCGAAGUUCUGCCUCAGAGAGUCGCAUGACACGGCGCAUCAUCCUGUCCAACAUGAGACUGCAGUAUUCCUUUGACGAGCGACAGCCGCAGCAGCAGGCCCAGACACAAACCAACUUCACCCACAGUGUGGCCAUCGGGCCUCCUCAUUCACCCGACCCGGACCGCCCAGGAGACUACACACACCUCGAGGACUCCUUUUCCAAACAGGUGAAGUCCUUAGCUGACUCCAUAGAUGAUGCUCUCACCUGCCGCGCAGGACGCGAUGACUCCCAGGAGGGCAGCAGGGAGGGGGCAGGCAUCAGUGAGGACUUUGGAGACUGUGUUUGGAGCAGCAGCAGCAACCCCUCCUCCCAAAGAGGUUUGGGAGGACGAGCCAGGGGUGCUGGAGGAGGACUCAGUAUGCACGGCGACAGCACCGCCACCUCGUACAGCGACGUUACUCUUUACAUGGACGAUGGCAUGCCGUCUUCACCUCUGUCCCUCGAUCGGGCCCCCAGCAGCACUGACACAGAGUACUGGGGGCCCGGUGGUGGUGUUGGAGGGCGUGAGGACAGCAGGGACACUGAGGGAGGGGGCAGCAGUAACAGUCGGCGCAGCACCCCAUGUACAGAGUGUAGGGAUUAUCGUUUAAGGGGUGCACAUCUGCCUCUCCUCACUAUUGAGCCACCAAGUGACAGCUCAGUGGACAUGAGUGACCGAUCAGAUCGAGGCUCUCUGAGCAGACAGCUGGUCUACGAGCAGGAGUCUGGGGUAGGGGCUGGCUCCCCUCAGGGAACCCUCAAACACUCCCCCAACACAGGCCCCCGCCCUUCAUCCACAGCAGCUGCGCAGGGUCAGACCAGAGCCCCUGGCAGACCCAUUCCCACACACAUCCCUCACCAGGUGGCAGCACAUCACCACCAUCACCACCAUCCUAUCCACCACCAUCAGUACCCAGACACACCCUCGUCCUCCUCGUCCCCACAGCAACCCCCCACCACCCCUCUUUCCUCCUCCUCCUCCACAGCUUUGCCACCUGGUGGUCUGGAGCAGCCGUGCUGCUCAGACGGGGACAACGACUCACUCAACUCCACCACCAACUCAAACGAGACGGUCAACUGCAGCUCCGGAUCCUCAUCUCAGGACAGUCUGCGGGAGCCUCUGCCGCCUCUAGGGAAGCAGACGUACCAGAGAGAGAGCCGCCACAGCUGGGACUCUCCACCAUUCAACAGUGAUGUGGUGCAGAGACGCCAGUACCGCAUAGGCCUCAACCUCUUCAACAAGAAGCCAGAGAAGGGGAUCCAGUACCUGAUAGAGAGAGGUUUUGUAUCAGACACUCCAGUCGGGAUUGCUCGCUUCAUCCUAGAGAGGAAGGGCCUCAGCAGGCAGAUGAUCGGAGAGUUCCUCGGAAACCGACAGAAACAAUUCAACAAAGAUGUCUUAGACUGUGUGGUGGAUGAGAUGGACUUCUCAGGUAUGGACCUUGAUGACGCUCUCAGGAAGUUCCAGGCUCAGAUCAAAGUUCAAGGAGAAGCACAAAAAGUGGAAAGACUCAUAGAGGCUUUCAGUCAGAGAUACUGUGUGUGUAAUCCGACUCUGGUUCGGCAGUUCCAGAAUCCAGACACCAUCUUCAUCCUGGCCUUUGCCAUCAUCCUCCUCAACACAGACAUGUACAGUCCCAACGUCAAAGCUGAGAGGAAAAUGAAACUGGAGGACUUCAUCAAGAACUUGAGAGGUGUUGACAAUGGUCAGGAUAUACCCAGGGACCUGCUGGUUGGGAUCUACCAGAGGAUACAGAAAUGGGAACUGCGGACCAAUGACGACCACGUGUCUCAAGUGCAGGCAGUUGAGAGGGUCAUUGUGGGUAAAAAGCCUGUGCUGUCCCUCCCGCAUCGUAGGCUGGUGUGCUGCUGCCAGCUCUACGAGGUCCCUGACCCAAACAGACCUCAGAGGACAGGAGUGCACCAGCGAGAGGUCUUCCUUUUUAAUGACCUCCUCGUGGUGACCAAAAUUUUCCAGAAGAAGAAAACCUCAGUGACUUACAGUUUCAGACAAUCUUUCCCUCUGGUUGAGAUGCAAGUGCACAUGUUCCAGAACUCCUACUACCCUCAUGGUAUCAGGCUGACCUCAGCAGUCCUGGGUGGAGAGAGGAAAGUUCUUAUCGUCUUUAUGGCACCCAGUCAGCAGGACCGCACCCGCUUUGUAAGCGACCUCAGGGAGAGCAUUGCUGAAGUGCAAGAGAUGGAGAAAUACAGAGUUGAAUCGGAGUUGGAGAAGCAGAAAGGUGUGUUGCGGCCCAGUUUGCUCAGUGGAGGUGUGGUUGGAGGUGGGAAGGGCGACGUGGUGAACGGCACUAUGGAAAGGACGAGUUUUGAUGACAGCUGCGAGGGUCUCAAACGCACAGCACUCAGCUCAUCUCUCAGGGACCUAUCGGACGCAGGGAAACGUGGUCGCAGGAACAGUGUUGGUUCUCUGGACAGUACCAUGGAAGGCUCCAUCAUUAGCAGCCCACAGCCUCACCAGCGCUACCCAAUGCCAGGUGUGAUGCCUGGCUGCUAUGGAACAGAAGACUUCCGGCCUCACCGCCCCAUCCUGAGCCCCGGGACGGGGGUGGGGGGUGGGCCGGGGCAGCAACAUACCACUGCUGGGACAGGAGUUGGGGGAGUCUCCAGCAGUGUAGAGAGAACAGGAGCGGGGAGCGUCCUUGGGGGGAGCAGCAACAACAACAGCAGCUCUUUCCUGGGAUCCCUAUUCGGCAGCAAACGCGCCAAACCACCAGGCCCUCUUAUUCCACCGGGGCCACCCUUCCCCGCGCCUGUCCCCCCACCGACUUCGGGAGGGCCCCCUCCUCUCUCCCCUUCAUCCCUUUGCCAGAUGGACGGGGGUCCCUCCAAGAUACAAGCAUUACACGCACAAUACUGUCAUGUGGGAGCCGUGCAACCUCCACCACCUUACUACCAUCACCAUCGCUACCACGUCCAAACUGUCCCUCCUCCGCUGCAAGGUAUGGCCCCUCAUACUAUACAGCGAGGCCCGCUACCCUGUCGGCCUCCGCUUGGCCCACCGCAUACUCAGCACCCGCAGCUGGCCCAUCUCUCCCAGCUCUCCCAGCAUGGCCUUCCGGGUCGUUACGCCAACAUGGUGGUGGGAUGUCCCCCCCCCCUUUCUCCUCUCUCCCAACAUUCCCAGAACCCACAGUUCACUAUGUACCACGCGCAGCCCACACACUCCAUCAGAGGGUGCGGCGGCCCUGGUACCAAACUACCCCUAACCCUGUCUCACUCCCACCCGCACCCCCACGCACACUCCCAAACCCACCCCGGACACGUUCACACACCACACCCAGGCAGCCACUCCACCCACCAAACACACUUUAUAUUCGGCACGCUACCCCACAACCUCCCGUCCGCCACCGUCAAUGCACAUCACGCAGCCAGCGCCGGCCCGUAUCUGCCCCAGUACCCUCCUCUUUCUUCUAUCCCCCCUCCCCCACCACACUCCCCUUUACCCCCCCCUUUGUCCCCCCUUACCCCUCUUACACCUCUCUCCCCUCACCCCCCCCAGCACCCCGUGCAGCCUCAGCAGGGGCCACAGGUGACAGGUGCUGGAGCGACAGGUACAGGGGGCAGCAGCUCCAAAUCCAAGCCUAUCAACCGGAUAAGCACCGUGGUCUGAGCAGAGUGUCGGGCCUCAGGGGUCACAGGUCAGAUUACAGAAUGGAGGAGGCUGGCAAAACGAGAACCAGGUCCAAGUCUGCCAGGACAGAAAGUAACAGCAGCAGCGCGAGUGACAAGAGGAAACGCAGUUUGCUUCGUCUCUGCUACUUUCACCUCCGUUUCCCACAUAUGUAGGUGGAGAUAAGAAGCACAGCUAGACUUAGAAUAGCAUGUGCACACAUCUUUGAAACCUGCACUCACAGGAACACAGAGAUAUGAACACAUUUCUGCACAUAAUAUAAAAAGUCUAUAGCCAUAUAAUUUAAAAUGAAUCUAAAUCUAUAUCUUAAUGUAUUGCCUCAGUUUUAAUUGUUUGGAGUCUAGUUUAGUCUAUAUGAGACUAUUUACAUGUUAAGUACCACGAUGUGAUAAUGUGACACUGGAAAAACAGAGACCAUAUUUGUCCAGCUGCUUACAUGGGGGUGUAAAUAAAGACUCAACCACCGAAUGCAUUCGGACACAGUUUGGCAUUGAGAAAAGCAGACAGUUGCAAAAAAACAGUCCCUUGACUUUGCAAUAAUUUUCUUGGCUUCAUGAUGUCUACGUCCAUUCUUGCAGGUUCCGCUUUGCUGACAGGCAUCUUUUUUUCUAAAAAAGACCUCAUGUUGCUUUGUCUGAAGCUUCUAAAACCAGUGCACGGUUUCCUGACGGUCUUUUUGCUUAAUGGUCUUUUACAUGUCAACAGGAGCCGCCUGGCUUUAUAAUGCAUUCCUAGUGGGGUUUGGGAAAUUAGUGAUACAAUCAAUAAUAUAUUUUGAAUGUUUCUAAAGCUUUUUGCUGUUUUAUCGAUAUUAUAAUACCUGCUAUGAGUAUGAUGAAUAUUGUCCGAUAUUUGUUUUGAUCAGUGAUUAAUUAUAUCAGCAGAUGUUUGUACAUGGUUCUAGAGAGUGUAUGCACAUAUAAAUCCCCUCAGUUUGCUACAGCCACUGGAGGGUGUUCUGAUAUGUGAGGUAUGAUUUCUUUCCAUCGUACCAUGGUUUCCAUUGAGUUCAUCUUUUAAUUACUAGUAUUAUUGAUUGUUCAAAAUAAGAAAUGAUGUUUUGUUUUGUUCUAAUUGAUUUGACCACCAACAUUAUUCCUCCUUUUUUGUUUUUGUUUGAUGUGAGCAAUGGGCACAAUCUCUCAAACGGGGCAGUCAACAAAACUUGAAUUUACAGAAUUGAUCUGAGUUCAUUUAGGACUUUAUUUGGCUCUCGGUCUUGGAAAAGGGCUUACUCAUGGUUGUGGAAAAAUUGUAGAGAAAAGCCCUAGAAGACUCCAUUCCUUCAGAAUUAUACAACUACACCUUUGCUCACCUCCUGGCAGGUUUUUGUUUUUCUUUGUUUGGAAGAAGCACGCUUUUACAUGAGGUUUUGUGGCUUUGCACAUGUGAUGUCUUAAGUCAAAAAUGGCCUUCUUCCUAUCCUCCCUCCUCAGCCACUUUUAGAAAUAUGUUCUUACGUCAGCGCUGCUGAGCUCCUCUUGCUUAGAAAUAUAACAAGAGUCCAGAAUGUAAAAAGCAUCUUACAGGUAAAUUCUGUAUCCCCCCUUUUCUUCUGUGAUGCCCCUUUUGCUAGCGCAUUUAUUUGAGGUUGUAAUUGAGUACUGAUGCCUUCAGUGUCAUCAUUUAAAAGGGAAACUACAUUCAUCAUGAACCAGGGGAGAAAGAAGGCUGAGGAGAAUGUCGAUGAAACAAGCUAAAUAUAGAGUUGUCAAAGUUCAACAAGAUCUGAAUCCUCAGGGGAGGAUUUUCAGGAGGUUUGGAGAAAGACACGAACGUCAUAUGAAGAUUUUAUAAGUAUGUGUUGGCUAGCCUUUCUUUUUAAGUGUGUCUUUUUUGACUCUUCUUGCAUGAAUAUAUCUGCACUUAUUAAAUAGAUUGUACUGUAUAAACCUGAAUGUACAGAAUAAACUAUACAAAGGCUUCUAAUCAUAACCAUGGGACGAACUCUUCCCGUUCUGUAUUCAGGUGCGUGCAUGUGAGUGGCACUUUUAGUGUGUACAUAACAAAGAAGGAGAGGAAUAGGAGGUGUUGGCCAAAAUGAAAACUGACUUCUUAUUCUUUUCUCAUUAUUUAAGACUGAAGGUGAGAGAAUGAGUAACUGUGCUAUAAAAUACAGCCUAAAAAAGUUUAUAUGUCAGUGCACUUAUUGACAUCAUUUAAAGUAAAUGAUUUCAAUUUUUUCUUUGUGUAUGUAUUAUGUGUACUGAAAGAAUAGAGAAUUGAGAUGUGAAUAUUUAUUGCUUCUGAUAAAUUAAAGUGUCCUUGCAGUGGC